AUGGCUAAGAAAGAGACAAGAACAACAGAAGAGGAUAGAAUCAGUGACAUGUCAGACGAUGUUUUGUGUCACAUUCUUUCUUUCCUUACAACAAAGGAAGCCAUUGUUACAUCGUUAUUGUCAAAGCGAUGGACUCUUCUAUGGUGCAUGCUUCCCUCUCUCCACGUUCACUGCUCCAAACCAAUCAUCCAACACCACGCUCAUGUUCAAACCUUCUUGGCCUUACACAGAGCACCAAAGAUCAAAACUUUUCAUCUCCAAUGUCACAGCCACGAAGUUUGUUGUUCACAUCACACAGAAGAAUGGGUCUCUGAAGUGGUGGCGAAGAAAGUUGAAAACCUGAAUAUCUCCUUAUGCAACUCCCAUGAAUCGAUGCUAUCAUUGCCUACCUUGUUCACUUGCUCCACACUUGUCACCUUGAACAUCAAUGGCCCCUUUUAUCUCUCCAUUCCUUCUUCUGUUCAUCUCCCUAAUCUCAAGACCAUGGAGCUCCGUGUAAACUCAUGCAUCCCCCACUCUAAUUUUUGCAAGCUCGUGUCUGAAUCUGCGGCUCUUGAACUGUUUUACAUGGGGCCAAUGUUGUUAGGUAAUUGCUUCCAAGAGGUGAAGGCUGUGCAUAAGUGUGGACGUGUUGAAGUCUUCUACAGCAACUGGGUCUGCGACCUGUUCAUAGAAAGUGAACGUGAUUAUGAUUUUAAUAUCUCAGAUGUUAUGGCGCUGAGAACAUGGCCAAACAUUGUGAGAGUGAAGGCUUAUGUGACAGUGCACUUUGAUGAUAUAGAUUUUGUCGAGAACAUCCUCGAAGGGCUACGAAACGUUGAGUUUUUGUAUAUGAAAUAUUUUAGACUAUGGUUGAAGCCUUCUCUUCAUCUUCUACCGUUUAACAAUUUAGUUGAGCUUCGUCUUCUUCUUAAUAGAGAAGACUCCAUGUUUGAUGAUUUUCCCAGAAAGUGCCCUAAGCUUAAAGUUCUUGAAUUUAAUAUCAUGGACAGUCCCCUUGAUAUCAGUGAACGAUAUCGAUAUCAUGUUCAUCACGGAGUCAGAGAACGCGACCUUUCCAUUGUUCAUUAUCUUCCUCUAAUGUCACCUUAG